AUGACCCACUUCUUGGCUAAAGCGGGCACAACACAGCUAAACUCAGCAACACACCAUAACCCGAUGAAAGAGAUAGCUGACACAGAGAAACGCAAAGAACAACAGUAUGAACAACAAUCACAACAGAACGGGAUGAACAAAAUGUGUCGGAUCCAGAGGGAAAUGUGUCCCUCUUGCACCCAAACGCGAUGUGAGAGCAUUUCUAUUAUCCUCACCGCCGAGUAUAAAAAGGAGGAGGAGGAAAAAGAUUCCUCCUCCUCCUCCUCCUCCUCCUCCUCCUCCUCCUCCUCCUCCUCCUCCUCCUCCUCCUCCUCCUCCUCCUCCUCCUCCUCCUCCUCCUCCUCCUCCUCCUCCUCCUCCUCCUCCUCCUCCUCCUCCUCCUCCUCCUCCUCCUCCUCCUCCUCCUCCUCCUCCUCCUCCUCCUCCUCCUCCUCCUCCUCCUCCUCCUCCUCCUCCUCCUCCUCCUCCUCCUCCUCCUCCUCCUCCUCCUCCUCCUCCUCCUCCUCCUCCUCCUCCUCCUCCUCCUCCUCCUCCUCCUCCUCCUCCUCCUCCUCCUCCUCCUCCUCCUCCUCCUCCUCCUCCUCCUCCUCCUCCUCCUCCUCCUCCUCCUCCUCCUCCUCCUCCUCCUCCUCCUCCUCCUCCUCCUCCUCCUCCUCCUCCUCCUCCUCCUCCUCCUCCUCCUCCUCCUCCUCCUCCUCCUCCUCCUCCUCCUCCUCCUCCUCCUCCUCCUCCUCCUCCUCCUCCUCCUCCUCCUCCUCCUCCUCCUCCUCCUCCUCCUCCUCCUCCUCCUCCUCCUCCUCCUCCUCCUCCUCCUCCUCCUCCUCCUCCUCCUCCUCCUCCUCCUCCUCCUCCUCCUCCUCCUCCUCCUCCUCCUCCUCCUCCUCCUCCUCCUCCUCCUCCUCCUCCUCCUCCUCCUCCUCCUCCUCCUCCUCCUCCUCCUCCUCCUCCUCCUCCUCCUCCUCCUCCUCCUCCUCCUCCUCCUCCUCCUCCUCCUCCUCCUCCUCCUCCUCCUCCUCCUCCUCCUCCUCCUCCUCCUCCUCCUCCUCCUCCUCCUCCUCCUCCUCCUCCUCCUCCUCCUCCUCCUCCUCCUCCUCCUCCUCCUCCUCCUCCUCCUCCUCCUCCUCC